AUGGCGCCCGCAGGAGGAGGAAAUAUUAAGGUGGUGGUGAGGGUGCGGCCUUUCAAUGGCAGAGAACUCGAUCGCGGAGCAAAAUGUAUUGUGCAAAUGAAAGGUUCCCAAACGGUUCUCGUACCGCCGGCCGAAGCCGAUAGUCGAGGUGGAAAGAAUUCCAAAGAUGCCGGACAGAAGGUCUUCGCGUUCGACAAAUCAUACUGGUCCUUCGACCGCGGCGAUUCACAUUAUGCCGGACAGGAUGAUCUACACAACGAUCUUGGCAAGCCUCUUUUAGACAAUGCAUUUCAGGGAUAUAACAAUUGUAUUUUUGCGUAUGGGCAGACCGGUUCCGGAAAAUCGUAUUCCAUGAUGGGAUAUGGUAAAGAAGCGGGUGUUAUACCGAAAAUUUGCCAGGAUAUGUUUGAGCGGAUCGAUCAAAUGCAGCAAGAUAAACAUUUAAGGUAUACCGUGGAGGUAUCCUAUUUGGAAAUUUACAACGAGCGAGUAAGGGAUCUACUGAAUCCAUCUACGAAAGGGAAUCUGAAGGUCCGAGAACAUCCGUCUACGGGGCCGUACGUUGAGGAUUUGGCAAAACUUGUGGUCAGCAGCUUCAACGAGAUUGAGCAUUUGAUGGAUGAGGGGAAUAAAGCCCGGACAGUUGCGGCUACAAAUAUGAACGAGACGAGCAGUAGAAGUCAUGCGGUUUUUACACUUACACUAACACAAAAGAAACAUGAUGUGGAGACCAAUAUGGCUAUGGAGAAAGUCGCGAAGAUUAGCUUGGUGGAUCUUGCUGGCUCUGAACGUGCGACAUCCACUGGUGCAACAGGAGCCCGGCUCAAGGAAGGUGCUGAGAUCAAUAGAUCGCUGUCUACACUUGGUCGAGUUAUUGCUGCGUUGGCCGACUUAUCAGAUUCGAAGAAAAAGAAAUCCGGGAAAGCUGCCAACCAAGUACCGUAUCGAGACAGUGUCCUCACAUGGUUGUUGAAAGAUUCGUUAGGAGGAAAUAGCAUGACAGCAAUGAUUGCAGCUAUCAGUCCGGCAGAUAUCAAUUUUGACGAGACGUUGAGUACGCUCAGAUAUGCAGACAGCGCAAAACGGAUCAAGAAUCAUGCGGUGGUGAACGAGGAUGCCAAUGCCAGGAUGAUUCGUGAGCUCAAGGAAGAAUUAGCAACCCUUCGAGGUAAACUCAGUGGCGGGGGAGGCACGACGGAAGAGGUGUACGCUGAGGGUACACCCUUAGACAAGCAGAUCGUCAGUAUAGUGACUCCCGACGGUACAAUCAAGAAGGUUUCGAAAGCAGAAAUUGUUGAGCAGCUUAAUCAAAGCGAAAAACUGUACACGGACCUCAACCAGACUUGGGAGGAGAAGCUGCAGAAGACGGAAGAAAUCCACAAGGAGCGAGAGGCGGCAUUAGAGGAGUUGGGUAUCAGCAUCGAGAAAGGUUUCGUAGGGCUCCAUACCCCCAAGAAGAUGCCUCAUUUAGUCAACUUGUCCGAUGAUCCUUUACUCGCCGAAUGUCUGGUAUACAAUCUGAAGCCUGGUACGACAACUGUUGGAAAUGUUGAUUCGACUGCCGCUCAAGCUUCUGAGAUUCGGUUAAACGGCAGUCGAAUAUUGCAUGAGCACUGCACUUUUGAGAAUGUCGACAAUGUCGUGACACUUGUACCGAAGGAGGGCGCAGCUGUCAUGGUCAAUGGAAAGCGUAUCGAGGAGGCUAAACGAUUAAGGAGUGGAUAUCGAGUUAUCCUUGGAGAUUUUCACAUCUUCCGUUUCAAUCACCCCAUGGAAGCGCGGGCGGAAAGAGCAGAGAGUUCGUUGAGACAUUCAAUGCUUGCAAGCCAAAUCCCAGAAUACGAUAAACACUCACCAUCGCCUAGCCCAAGACCCGGCCAUGAGAGAACUUUUAGCAAGGCCAUAUCCGAGGCAGAGUGGGAAGGGAGCCGGCCAGAAUCGCCAAUGCCGUUCCAGCGUGGACGAGAUUCAGACUGGUCAUUCGCACGCCGCGAGGCAGCUGGAGCAAUCCUAGGGACCGACCAGAAAAUAUCAGGGCUUACUGAUGAAGAAUUAAACAUUCUUUUUGAAGAUGUACAGAAAGCACGAGCGGAGCGUGCUGGACGGGACAUGGAUGAUGAUAUGGAUUCCGUCACCUCGUAUCCAAUCCGUGAAAAGUAUAUGUCGAAUGGCACAUUGGACAAUUUCUCACUCGAUACCGCAUUGACCAUGCCAUCAACGCCCAAGCAAGGAGAAGUAGAAGACAAAAUGCGAGAAGUCAGGGAAGAGAUGCAGGUCCAGCUAGACAAGCAGAAGGAAGUCUAUCAGGACCAACUCAAAUCGGCGGAAGCUGCAAAUGUCGAAGUUGAGGAAAUUAAAAAGGAGAAGGCGCGAAUGGAGGAGAGUCUAAGGGAAGUUAAGGCAGAGAUGCUCCAACAGCUAGAAACUCAACGGAAAGAAUUCGAGCAGCGCCUACAAGCGAUGACACCGACUAAAGCAACCGUUAAGGGCCCAACGCCAUUAACGGAAGAGGAGAUAGCAAUUGCAAGGAAAGCUGUUGAACAUUGGCGUGGUCGAAAAUAUGUUCGAAUGGCUGAGGCCGUUCUGCAAUCUGCUGCAAAUCUUAAAGAGGCCCAGAUUAUGAGCCAUGAGAUGGAGGAGAAUGUUGUCUUCCAGUUCACCAUAGUUGAUGCCGGACAUGAUCUAUGCUCGUCGUAUGAUAUGGUUCUCAACGGAAUAUCUGGCGAAGGAGAUGAUAUAUUCCUCGAAGGUGCAGUGAAGCCGUGUGUGGGCGUUCGUGUCAUCGAUUAUCGGAGUAGUGUGGUGCACCUGUGGAGUUUAGAGAAACUUCAAGAUCGAGUGAGGUUGAUGAGGCAGAUGCAUCAAUAUAUGGACCGACCUGAGUACCUUCAACAUUUCCGCCUAGACAACCCUUUCAUGGAGACAUGCAUGCCUCAAUAUACACACAUCGGAGACGUGGAUGUCCCUCUUGCUGCUGUAUUCGAGAGUCGGGUACAAGACUUUAGUCUUGAUGUCCUUUCGCCCUAUACCUCGCACGCUGUCGGUAUAAUCAAGCUGUCGCUAGAACCAUCAUCUGCUAGGGCGCCAUCGAGUACUUUGAAGUUCAAUGUUGUCAUGCAUGAUAUGAUUGGCUUCGCAGAGCGCGAAGGCACAGAAGUCCAUGCUCAACUCUUUAUCCCAGGGAUAUCCGAAGAAGGCGGCGUAACCACUACGCAGAUGAUAAAAGACUUCGACGAGGGCCCGAUACGGUUCGAGAGUGUCCACAGCAUGAGUGUUCCCAUGUUUGGUCCUACAGAUGUGUCUUUGAGGGUAGCAAUAUUUGCCAAAGUCUCAUCGAUGCAUCUCGAUAAAUUACUCAGUUGGGACGACAUGCAGGACCACGUACCAAGGCCGACGCAAAAACGCAAGAAUGCCCGCAUAUCGGAGUCCCAUUUCUACACGGAAGAGAAGCAUGACGUCUUUGCUAGGACACAAAUCCUUGAGUUAACAGAAAAUGGCGAAUACUUACCUGUGGAAGUCAUUCAGACAAGUCAUAUGGAUAAGGGGUCAUUCCAGCUUCACCAAGGCCUCCAGCGUCGUAUUGUGAUCCACUUGACCCACAGUUCUGGAGAUGCUUUACCUUGGCAGGAUGUCUUGGGCCUGCGGGUGGGAAACGUACAGCUUGUUGACCAUGUUGGAAAGAACCCAGACCUCAGCUCGCCCACUCCUGAAAUUCCACUGAAGCUCGUUUCAAAGCCAACCGUCAAGACAAAUCUCAAUGGCACAACUAAUGUGACAUUGAUCGGACAAUGGGACUCCAGCGCGCAUGGCUCCUUGCUGCUCGAUCGGGUCACAGCAGAUAAGUACAAAGUUCAGAUGUCAUUACUCUGGGACGUCAAAUCUGAAAAGCUAGGCGAGCUAAUGACAUUCAAAAUGGACGUCUAUUCCCAGAUCCUCUCUCGCUCAUAUGUACGCUCUACAUCUAUGUUCGCAUCGUUAUGGCAGAGUGUCCGCAUAGUUCAUUCUACCAGUGGCAUUUUUUCGAUAUCCCUUCGGCCAACGCCCGUCAAGCGCGCCGGUGACCUCUGGCGAAUGAACACCAAAAAUGACUACGUUAAAGGUGAAGAAUGCCUUACAAACUGGGCACCUCGAGGCGUGUCAUUAAUCCGUGAUCACAUUGCUGCAAAGCGGCGGAAACAACGACUUGCAGAUCUCGAAGCUGCCAAACCUCUUCUAAGCAAACUCUCUUUCCCUGAAAUUCAUGCAACGGACGGCACGAGCGAUAAUUCGGAUCCAGUAGUCGAGGAGGAACUCUCAGAGCACCAGAAGGUACUCCUUCAACGGUAUCUCAACCUCUGGCUUCUCUGCCACGAUCCUAUAACCAGCAUCCUCACGCCUUCAAAUGUCGAACCCCCAUCAAACGGCAUAUCCACACCGCCUCCAUCCCAACCUUCUCCUCAUCUCAUACCAACUAUCUCUCUCGUCUCCAAACACCCCGAAAUACUCAAAGGUGGCUACCUCCUUACGCCCUCCUCAGACAGCACACGCUGGGUGCGCCGCUUCAUCGAGCUGCGGAGACCCUAUCUACACAUCCACUCUGUUCCCGACGGAGAGGAAAUCGGUAUAGUCGCUCUGCGCAAUAGCCGCAUUGAUCACCAGCCCCAGAUUACGAAAUUGUUGAGGAAAAAUAAUGACUCGGGUAGAGGCAGGGGAGGAGAGAGGGAUGAGGAGAGGGUAUUUGCAGUAUAUGGGACGGAUAAUACGUGGCUUUUUAAGGCACGGAGUGAGAGGGAGAAGGUGGAGUGGAUUUUUAAGAUUGAUCAGAGUUAUUUCGGGAGUGGUGGAUCAAACAGUGGUGUGGGAAGUGGAAGUGGAAGUGAUGAGUAA